UAUAUGAUUGAGUGAUUUUUAAGUUAUUUACUUAGAUAAAAAUGUGAUGAUCAUAAAUACUGGUGUGUUGUCUUGGUGAAUAUUCGAUAUUAAUUUAUAUUUACUUGAAGCAUUAAUAAAACGCACGUUGAUCCAUCCAAUACAAAACAAAAGCCAAUUAUCUGUGACUACGUUUUAUCAUUAUCUGCGCUUAAUUGAUAUCAAACAAAUAUAUCGGACAAGUAAAUAAUAAAGGCAAUUAUUGUGUCUGUCACAUUGACAUUAACUGUGUUAAAUUGAACAUUGUAACUGUGACUGCUGUUCGUGUUCAAAUCGAAUCAAUAUAAAAUGGAAAAAAGUAUAAACGUAUAAAGAAAUAUUUAAUUUCUGAAGUAACGGUAAAAUUUGUUAAAAUGACGGAUAAACAAGAACCCAAAACCAACAUUGAAGAAAGACCUUUAAAUAAAGAAAAAAUACAUAAAAAAUAUAAAGACAAAGGAUUUACAGAAAAACUAUGGCACAUAAAGGAAAACAUAACUGUAGAACCAUUGCUAGCUGGACUCAUUAUACCAAGCGUAAUAUCACGAUUUGCAAUGGGUAAUUUUAAUUUGGACAAAGCUUGCAGAGUAAAUCUAGGAUUUGGAGAUGAAAUAUGUGAUGCAUUAGUUAAAAGAACAACCAACAAUUAUUCAUCAUACGAAAAAGAAGUACAAACUUUAAUAUCAUCAAUAGACAUUUGGAAGAGUAUAAUCAACACUGGCUUACCAUGCGUACUGAUCAUGUUUCUUGGUGCUUGGAGCGACAGAACCGGAAAGAGAAAACUCUGCAUUUUACUUCCAAUAGUUGGUGAAAUAGCGACAUCUGUCAUCAAUUUGGUCAAUGUUUAUUUCUUUUACGAAAUACCUGUUCAAGUGACAGUAUUUUUAGAGACGUUUUUUACUGCUGUCACUGGUGGUUGGGUGACAAUGUUCCUUGGUGUAUUUAGCUAUAUUAGUGACAUAACAUCGGAGCAGUCGCGAACCUUCAGAGUGGGGCUUGUCAACUUUUGCAUGACUGCAGGACUACCAAUUGGCAUUGGGAUGAGCGGAAUCUUGCUCCAGAAAAUGGGAUAUUAUGGAAUAUUUUCUAUGACAACCGGACUCUUUAUCGUUGUAUUUCUAUAUGGAUGUUUUUGUUUGAAGGAACCCGAUGACUGGCUAAGGGAUAAAGGAUUACCCGUGAUUGAACGAAGCGACAACAAGGGGGUAUCGUUUUUCGAUGUGACGCACGUCCUGGAUACUGUCAGCGUCGCGUUCCGUGAACGACCCUCAAACAGACGGUCAAAAGUGAUCCUCACUCUUCUAGCUGUGUUCAUACUGUUCGGGCCAUCCAUGUCGGAGCACAUUAUAUUCUAUCUGUUCGUGAGAAAUCGCCUUAACUGGGACAUGGUUAAAUACGGCCUCUUCACAAGCUAUUCUAUAAUACUGCAUUCAUUUGGAGCCAUGUUCUCUAUAACCAUUUUAAGCCGAAAACUCCAGAUCGAUGACUCGCUUCUUUGCCUCGUAUCGGUUGCCAGCAAAUUCGUCGGAUCGCUUUGGACAGCCUUCGUCAAAACAGAUAUAGAAAUGUAUUUAAUUCCAGUGGCUGAGCUGCUAAAUGGCACCACGUUUACGUCUUUACGCUCAAUUAUUUCAAAAUUGGUCGACAAACAGGAAACUGCUAAAGUGAACUCAUUAUUCUCACUCACCGAAACUUUGGCGUCACUGGUCUUCCAACCAUUCUACUCUUGGCUCUACAUGAAGACGCUACAUGUGCUGCCUGGUGCCGUUUUCAUUAGCAGCGCAAUCCUGAUCGUACCAGCGUCUUUUAUUCUCGCAUCAUUUUAUAUACAGCAUAGGAUAGAAUUAGGUAAAUCAAGGAAGAAAGCAUUAGAAGCUGAAGAUAAGAAAGAAGCGGAAGGAACAAAGUUGCCUGAAAAACCUCAAAUAAAUGAAAAUUCAGCAAACAUUGACUCAACGCACUUAUAGCUUUAAAAUUUAUAUAUUGGAAGAAUUAAUUGACUGUUUGUAUGAAAUUGUAAAUCACUUGUUUAAGAAAGAUUUCUUUUAACAGAAAAUACAUACAAAUGUUUUAUUGUUUCUUAAGUUAAGUUAUAUGAAAUUGUUUAAGGAAAAUAUAUAUAUACAAAUGUAUACAAACAUAUCAUUAAAAAUCUAUUUGGAAUUGAAUUACUUAUGCCAGGAAGUAAACUGGUACGACAAUAAAUCCAACAUGAGUUUUAUUGAAAAUAGAAAGUUGAUAAGCGAAACAAUUUUAAUAUUAUAUACUCGUAUAUAUAUAUAAUUCUGAAAGGCGAUAUUUUUAAUAAAAACUUUUAAAAAAAAAAUUACUACGCACUGACAUACUAGACAAAGACAGGAGUAAUUUGUUUUUGAAAUUGGGACUGGUUUAUUCCUUAACGUUGCGCACAAAUUCAGUGGAAAUUUUAGCGUUUAAAGAAGGUUCACCUCAAAAUCCGAGAUGGCCUACUGGUUAGAACGCGUAGAAUCUUAACCGAUUAUCGUGGGUUCAAAUCCGGAUAAGCACCACUGAAUUUUAACGUGCUUAAUUUGUUUUUAUAAUUCUGCCGCAUGAGUAUUUCAUAUACCCGCAUUGGAGCAGCGUGGUGAAAAUAAGCUCCAAACAUUCUCCCCAAAAAAGGAGAAGAGGCCUUAGCCCAGCAGUGGGACAUUCAUUGACUGUUACUUUACUUUACUUUCACCUCAAAAAUAAAAUGAAUCAAAUCAAACCAAAUCAAAAUAAAUUUUAUUCAAAAAAGCUCUUGGGAGCACUUUUGAAUCGUCGUGUUACAGGAUUCAAUUGAAU